UGGAUGUUGAAGGGAGUUAGUUGUCUGGCAGAGCGAGCACCCUAAUUGCAUUAAAGAGCAUUAAAUACUGUAGGACUUCCUAUCUAAAGCUAUGACUCCUUUUGGAAAUAACAGACGGGGUAAAAUUCCUUGAUGUUUGAUAUUUGUGAGCUAGUCAUGUGAAAUAUGUACAUAUCUCUAGUUUCACUGCAAGGAAUACGAUCUAGCCCAGAUAAAAUGGCAGCAGGAGUAGCAAGAACGGCAGCUGUUGUUGGCGGGGUGACUGUUGUUGGUUAUAUUCUUAUGAAAACGACUACUCCGGACAGGGAAAAGAUGAUGCAGAUGUUACCUGCUGACAUGGUGACACAAGACAAACUGAAAGAAAUUGAGGAACAAAACAGGAGACUUUUUUCAUCGCUAAAAGAAGCAGCAAAUUCUGAUGAACCAAUCUGGAAAAUAAAUAUGAAGCAACUAACAGACUCUAAGAAAGAUUGAUAUUAAUAUCUUGAUUAGCUAUGAGAUUCAGUCAUGAUAUCAAUUAAAACUGGAAAUCAUAUGGAUGAUAAAAGGGUAGUCGUUGUAUAUGGAUUGUCUAAGUUAAUAAUUGCAUGAGAAGACACAAAUUAGAAAAGUGAACAUCAAAAAAGCUGCAGCAGACAUCCUAUUUUUUCAUGCGGGAGCAAUAAACUUAUAAAUAUUGAAGAAUGUAUAUAUACCAUAUUUAUCAGCUUUUGUGAAAAUAAUUUUGGCAUGAGAUGAUAAGCCUACACAGUCUUCUGCAACUUGUUCUUAUAUAUAGACAUAUAUAUACAAUUUGUAUGUUAUAAUAUAGUUUUAUAGUUGUA